CCACCACCACCACCACCACCACUUCCCAAUUCCACUCUUUCCACUCUCUCUCUCUCUCUCUCUCUCUCUCUCCCUGUACUUACAUACUCAUCGCACGUAUCUAUAUACAUAUAUAUAUAUUCACAUAACAUUAUGUGUGUGUAUAUAUAGACAUAGAUGUCUCCAUUUCAACUUCUUUCUCUCUCCUCGUUGUUGUUCUGGCAUCGCAGCAGCCUGUGUUUUUAGACAAACCCUAGGAAGGAGGAGGAGAAUAGGUAAAUCAGGAGGAAGGGGGUGCGUAAGUGGAGGCCUGGGAUUUCUUGAUCUGUUGAUUGGUUUGGGAUUUUGUGGAAUCUAAGGUGGGAAUGUCGUCCCUGAGCAGGGAAUUGGUCUUCUUAAUUCUGCAGUUCCUUGAGGAGGAGAAAUUCAAGGAGUCGGUUCACAAGCUUGAGCAGGAAUCAGGCUUUUUCUUUAAUAUGAAAAUCUUCGAGGAGAAAGUGCAUGCCGGUGAAUGGGAUGAAGUUGAGAAGUACUUGUCGGGUUUUACAAAAGUUGAUGACAAUAGAUACUCUAUGAAGAUAUAUUUUGAAAUAAGAAAGCAGAAGUAUCUUGAAGCUCUUGAUCGGCAAGACAAAGCAAAGGCAGUUGAUAUUCUGGUUAAUGAUUUGAAAGUGUUUUCGACGUUUAAUGAAGAUCUAUACAAGGAAAUUACUCAGCUUCUUACACUUAGGAAUUUCAGGGAAAAUGAGCAGCUUUCCAAAUAUGGUGACACUAAGACAGCUCGAAGUAUAAUGUUGCUAGAACUCAAGAAGUUGAUCGAAGCAAAUCCUUUAUUCCGUGAAAAGCUUGUUUUUCCUACAUUGAAGUCAUCUAGAUUAAGAACCCUCAUUAACCAAAGUUUGAAUUGGCAGCACCAGCUCUGUAAGAAUCCUCGGCCAAACCCAGACAUAAAAACCUUAUUUACUGACCAUACAUGUACUCCACCAAAUGGAGCUCUUGCUCCUACUCCCGUCAAUCUUACUCCAGCUGCAGUAGCAAAGCCUGCUCCGUACACAUCACUUGGAGCACAUGGGCCCUUCCCCCCUACUGCAGCAGCAGCAGCAGCAGUAGCUAAUGCAAAUACUUUAGCUGGUUGGAUGGCAAAUGCUGCUGCAUCUUCAUCCAUUCAAGCAGCUGUUGUUACUGCCUCAUCAUUACCUGCUGCUUCCAAUCAAGUUUCAAUAUUGAAGCGUUCCGCCCCUGCGACUCUGGGUAUGAUGGAGUAUCCAAAUGCUGAGCAUGAGCAACUGAUGAAACGGUUGCGGCCUUCACAAUCAGUUGAAGAGGUUACAUAUCCUACUGUUCGUCAACAGGCAUCUUGGUCCAUCGAUGACUUGCCUAGAAAUGUUGCGUUUACAUUGCAUCAGGGAUCAUCUGUGAUGAGCUUGGACUUUCAUCCGUCACACCAUACACUACUUCUUGUGGGUUGUAAUAAUGGUGACAUUACUCUCUGGGAAGCUGGAAUAAGAGAGAAGUUGUGUACGAAGCCUUUUAAGAUUUGGGAAAUCCAAGCUUGUACACUAUCGUUCCAGGCUUCUGCUACCAAGGAUGCCCCCUUUUCGGUGACCCGAGUUACCUGGAGCCCUGACGGAACCUUUUGUGGAGCUGCAUUUUCCAAGCAUCUGAUCCAUUUGUAUGCAUAUACUGGACCAAAUGAUCUACGGUCCCAUCUGGAGAUUGAUGCUCAUGCGGGAGGAGUUAAUGAUAUUGCUUUCGCACAUCCAAAUAAACAACUGUGUGUUGUGACCUGUGGGGAUGACAAGUUGAUAAAGGUGUGGGAUUUGAAUGGAAGAAAACUGUUCAACUUUGAAGGUCAUGAAGCACCAGUGUAUUCAAUUUGUCCGCAUCAAAAAGAGAACAUUCAGUUUCUUUUCUCAACUGCUGUUGAUGGGAAAAUCAAAGCCUGGCUCUAUGAUAAUGUGGGAUCAAGAGUUGACUAUGAUGCUCCUGGUCACUGGUGCACUACUAUGCUAUAUAGUGCAGAUGGGAGCAGGUUGUUCUCUUGUGGAACAGGCAAGGAUGGGGAUUCCUUUUUGGUUGAAUGGAAUGAAAGUGAAGGCGCGAUAAAGAGAACUUAUACUGGAUUUAGGAAGAAGUCGACUGGUGUUGUUCAAUUUGACACCACCCAAAAUCAUUUUCUGGCUGUGGGUGAAGAUAACCAAAUUAAGUUUUGGGACAUGGAUAACAUCAACAUACUUGCAACAACAGAUGCAGAUGGUGGUCUAGCGAAUCUUCCACGCCUGAGAUUUAAUAAGGAAGGGAAUCUACUAGCUGUUACUACCGCUGAUAAUGGAAUAAAAAUAUUAGCAAAUUCCAAUGGCAUGAGAUCCUUACGGGCUGCUGAUGCCACACCUUUUGAAGCAUUAAGAUCCCCCUUGGAAGUACCUGCAAAGGCUUCUGCAUCCUCUGUUGCAAAUAUUGCUCCUGUAAGUUGUAAAGUAGAAAGGAGCUCUCCUGUUAGGCCUUCUCCGAUACUUGUACGUCAGAACAGCAUAGAUUCCAUGUCUAGAAGCAUGGAAAAAGCGAGGGCAUUGGAUGAUGUUGACAAAAUAAAACCUUGUCAGUUGACUGAAAUAGUUGAUCCCACUCAGUGCCGAAUGGUAACCAUGCCUGAAAGCACUGAUGGUACUAACAAGGUUGCUCGUCUUCUUUAUACAAAUUCUGGUAUUGGCAUUUUGGCGCUUGCAUCAAAUGGUACACAGAGGCUUUGGAAGUGGGCACGCAAUGACCAAAACCCAAGUGGAAAGGCCACUGCUAGCAUCACUCCACAACAUUGGAAGCCAAACAGUGGUCUUCUUAUGAAUAAUGAUGUCACAGGCGUCCUCCUGGAGGAAGUUGUUCCAUGCAUUGCUCUCUCAAAGAAUGACUCAUAUGUGAUGUCGGCUGCUGGUGGGAAGGUUUCAUUAUUCAAUAUGACGACUUUCAAGGUGAUGACAACAUUUAUGUCACCACCACCAGCUUCCACUUUCUUGGCGUUUCAUCCACAAGAUAACAACAUUAUAGCAAUUGGAAUGGAGGACUCGACCAUCCACAUAUACAAUGUUAGGGUGGACGAGGUGAAAUCGAAACUGAAAGGUCACCAAAAGCGUAUUACUGGAUUAGCCUUUUCUACAAACCUCAACGUAUUGGUGUCAUCAGGUGCUGAUGCUCAACUUUGCAUAUGGAACAUUGACACGUGGGAGAGGAGAAAAUCAGUUUCCAUUCAAAUGCCUGCUGGAAAAGCUUCCACUGGGGACACCCGAGUCCAGUUUCAUUCAGAUCAAGUUCGCCUCCUUGUAUCCCAUAAAACACAGAUAGCAAUAUAUGAUGUCGCCAAGAUGGAACGCAUUCAUCAGUGGGUCCCACAAAAUGCCCUUUCUGCACCUAUAUCAUGUGCAACAUACUCGUGCAACAGUCAACUUGUUUUUGCUUCAUUCUGCGAUGGUAAUGUUGGAAUCUUUGACGCCGAUACCCUCAGAUUAAGAUGCCGUGUUGCCCCAUCUGCAUAUAUGUCUCAAGCUGCAUUAACUGGUAAUGGUUGUGGUGGUGGUGGUGGUGGUGCCAGAAACCCAUGCGUAUACCCGGUUGUGGUUGCGGCGCAUCCACAGGAGCCCAACCAGUUUGCUGUUGGAUUGACGGAUGGAGGCAUUAAAGUUAUAGAACCCGCAGAGUCCGAAGGCAAGUGGGGAAUCUUGGCUCCAGGCGACAAUGGGCUCCUCUUAAAUGGUGGGCGCCCCCCCAGUUCUUCGUCGGCUGCCAGCAACCAUGCGGCAGCAGCUGAUCAGGUCCAAAGAUUAUGAGGAUGAAGAGGAAGAUGAAGAUGAAGAUGAAAUUUCAUUCUAUUGAUUAGGUAUCGUCCUCUUCCACAGACACACACACAAACGUCGCACAUGUAAUGUAUGUAUGUAUUUCAUCGGUCAGUGUAGAAGGAAGUAAGGAAGGAAGGUUGGUUGUAGUGAUGUCAGGUACUUGUGCAUGCUCUAGCAAUGGCCUCUCUCAGGAAUUACCAGAAUUUGAUAUUCAUUCAAUUCUAAUUAUUAUUUUAAUGCAGUUAAACCAUGGUAAUGAAUU